GCGUGUCUCCGGAGACAGAUCUGUACUCUGCUGCUCAGACUGAGGCUCAGGGUGCCUCCAGCGCCUCACACGAGCCUUUACAACAAACACACAGAGACUUUCAUUGGAGCUGCUGCACCUGCUCUGCUGAUCAGCUCAGACCAGACUUAAGAAGACUCUUCGGGAUAGAAGGUUAUCUUUCCAUUUAAAGAAAAAUGAAACUUGAAGUUUUCUCUGCGCACCACUUCGCGCAGAAGCCGCUGGAGUUGUGCAUGGACGCAGACGGGGGAGUGCCGUCUCCUCUGUCCGGGGACGAGCUGGGGUCUGACGGGGACUGCGUGGCCAACAGCCCGGCACCUGUCACCCAGAGCGGUGACAGCAGCAAGGGGAAGCCAUACACCCGCAGACCUAAACCCCCUUACUCCUACAUCGCCCUCAUCGCCAUGGCCAUCAGAGAGUCCAGCAGUGGCCGCCUCACGCUGGCAGAGAUCAACGACUACCUGAUGAAGAAGUUUCCAUUCUUCCGCGGCAGCUACACCGGCUGGAGGAACUCUGUGCGCCACAACCUCUCACUUAACGACUGCUUCCUCAAGGUGCUGCGGGACCCGUCCCGGCCCUGGGGAAAGGACAACUACUGGAUGCUGAACCCGCACAGCGAGUACACCUUCGCUGACGGGGUGUUCCGGCGCAGGAGGAAGCGCAUCGCUAAGAGGAGCUCCACCAAGGAACAGGAGAGCCAGGACCUCCUGAACGAGGACACCCGCCUCCCCGUCCCGGAGGAGAGGGUGGGGGUCAAGUUCUCCAGCUCCUUCGCCAUUGACAGCAUCCUCAGCACACCCUUCAAACGGCGGGAGGACAUCCACGCUGAGGCAGCACACCCCCACGCCCCCCGGAUCUACUGGCCCCCAGGAGCACACCUGUUGCCCUUCACUCUGAGUUAUCCUGCACAGCACACGUACCUGUCAGAGGGUGGGUACAGCAGCAGCACGGAGCCAGGGAGGGACGCACUCAUAUACCUGCAACAGACAGCACCUGAGGCCACUCUGCACGCGCUCAAGGUGUCCAGUAAGGCGCGAGCGUUCCAUAUAGACACUCUGCUGUCAUGAGGCACGCGGACUGCUGGCACACUGAAUGUGUGGACUCAUGAUGUGCACUUUCGUGGGCGCUUUUUAUCUUUUUUUGCUUCACCUUUGUGGGACUUAGUCUCGUCAUGACCUCCCACAAGUCAUUCUAAAGUCAAAACAAAAACAAACAUGGCGUCCUAAUAAUAAAGAUUCUAACUGUGUGGUGGUGACCGAGCAUAAAGCUGCUGUCAUCAUAGGAAAAGUGUGUGUGUGCAUGUGUGUGUGUGUGUGUGUGUGUGUGUGUGUGUGAGGAUCGUUUAGAGCGCGUGUUUGUAUCUGUUGUUUGGUUCAUUGUUCAUUUCUACUGUAUGACGGCUAAAAGUGCCACAUUGAAACAUAAAAUUAUUCCUUUAUUUAUAUUUUCAUGUUUUGUAUGACCUGCUGUAUAAAAUAUUGUUGUAUAUAUAAUUAAAUAUUGCUGUGUGUAUGUAUAUAUAUAUAUAUAUAUAUAUAAAAUAUUGACUGAGCUGCGAUGGUGGCUGCACUACAAACGCAUGGAAAAGUUCGAUGUGUCUCCUGAGAUUGAUUCAUGCAUGUCUGCUAUUUUUAUGAAUAAAAAACGUGAAACACUGGGA